ACCUUUGGGUCCACAGAGAAGCUCAGCACCAAACGUUCUGCCUGAAUCCACCAUGUGGCUGAAAGUCUUCUUCACCUUCGUCUUAAACGUGUCGAGCUGCUGCGCGGCGUCAGUCUUUCUUGAUCCGGAUCGAGCCCAUGGCGUGCUGGUGCGGACUCGCAGGUUUAACUCGGGCUGGUUAGAGGAGCUGCAGAUGGGAGACCUGAAGAGGGAGUGUCUGGAGGAGAAGUGCUCGUACGAGGAGGCGCGGGAGGUGUUCGAACACGACGAGAUCACGAAUGAGUUCUGGAAAACGUAUAACGUCCCAGACAGGUGUCAGUCCAGUCCGUGUCUUAACAGUGGCAGCUGCAACAACCAUGGCUCGUCCUACACCUGCAACUGUCUGCCUCAGUUCAGCGGACUCAACUGUGAGCUCGAUGACCUGAGCCCCUCCAGCACCUGCCUGCUGGAGAACGGAGGCUGUGAGCAUUUCUGUGACGAAGACCACGAAGGACAGAGGCUGAGCUGCUCGUGUGCAGAUGGCUACUUCCUGGAUGGUGAUGGGCAGAGCUGCGUAGCCAAAGAGCCGUUAGCGUGUGGCAUGGUCCCCGUCCUGCAAAGACAAAACGAAUCAAAGCAGCUCGACUCCAGAGCUCGAAUCGUGGGAGGAACAGAGUGCCCCAAAGGUGAAUGCCCCUGGCAGGUUUUGUUGGUCUAUAAAGGCAAAGGUUUCUGUGGAGGAGUGAUUUUUAAUCCGACCUGGAUCCUCACAGCCUCUCACUGCCUGGAGGACACUGAGGUUCAGUUCCUGCACGUGGUCGCAGGCGAGCACAACACCGAGGUGAAUGAGGGCACUGAGCAGGUCAUCCUGGUGUCUGAGAUCAUCAUGCAUGAAAACUACGUGAAAAUCACCGCCAACAACGACAUCGGCCUUCUCCGUCUGGCGUCGCCUAUCAUCUACACAACAUACGCCGUCCCGGUCUGCAUGCCAACGCGACCUCUGGCCGAGCGUGAACUCUGGGCCAUCCGCCUGCACACGGUGAGCGGCUGGGGGAGGAGGGGUGAGAACGGACCCACCUCCACCGUCCUGCGGCAGCUGAAGGUGCCGAGGAUCAGCACUCAGCAGUGCGUGGAGGACAGCGGCGUGGUGCUCACUGAGAACAUGUUCUGUGCCGGGUACAUCGAGGGACGCCAGGACUCGUGUAAAGGCGACAGCGGCGGACCGCUGGUGACCAUGUACAAGAAGACCGUGUUCCUGCUGGGCAUCGUCAGCUGGGGGAAGGGCUGCGCUCGACCAGGAAACUACGGCAUCUACACCCGAGUGUCCAACUACCUCGAGUGGAUCCACAACCGCACAGUAACGAGGAGUCUGCAGACAAACACGAGCGAGGCGUCGCUACACAACCUGACCACCUGACGAUAACGCCACACCAACGACACAACGCUACAGUGGUCUGUGAUCUCACAAAAACAUGAAACUCUGUAGAAACAUGUAGGAUGUAAACUGGGACUGCAGGUAGUCAAAGUUCUUCAAUAAUCAUCAAACUGAAGUA